CAGGCGGCGGGCCGCGGAGAGUGAGAGGCUCUUUUGUUCGGCUGAGGGGAGGGCCGUUGGCGGGGCCUGCGGUACGCCGCUUCAGCCCGACGCUCGACUUGAGGCCACACGUCUUUUUGCUCCUCUGGGCGCUACUCCCUCGGACUGCCCGACGCAACGCGCGAGUAGCGCGGCACCGAUUCUUCUCGGACUCUCGGGCGCUGCUACGAGCAGUGUCACCCUUCACACCAGAAAGCUGGCGGGUACUAUGGGAAAAAAGCAAAACAAGAAGAAAGUGGAGGAGGUACUAGAAGAAGAGGAAGAGGAAUAUGUGGUGGAAAAAGUUCUUGAUCGGCGAGUUGUCAAGGGCAAGGUGGAAUAUCUUCUAAAGUGGAAGGGUUUCUCAGAUGAGGACAACACUUGGGAGCCAGAAGAGAAUCUGGAUUGCCCAGACCUUAUUGCUGAGUUCCUACAGUCACAGAAAACAGCUCAUGAGACAGAUAAGUCAGAGGGAGGCAAGCGCAAAGCUGAUUCUGAUUCUGAAGAUAAAGGAGAAGAAAGCAAACCAAAGAAGAAGAAAGAAGAGUCAGAAAAGCCACGAGGCUUUGCCCGGGGUUUGGAGCCAGAGCGGAUUAUUGGAGCCACCGACUCCAGUGGAGAGCUCAUGUUCCUGAUGAAAUGGAAAAACUCUGAUGAGGCUGACCUGGUCCCUGCCAAGGAAGCCAAUGUCAAGUGCCCACAGGUUGUCAUAUCCUUCUAUGAGGAAAGACUAACGUGGCAUUCCUACCCCUCAGAGGAUGAUGACAAAAAAGACGACAAGAAUUAGCCCUGUUGAGUACCAGCCCCUGUCACCUCUGACUGUGGGUUUCGAGGGGGAGGGAAGGAGUUGUACUUGUCUUGACAUCUUAGAGGUGGCUUGAGAAGAUGUCCUUUGAAGAACCAGCAUAGUUUGUGUCCUGCAGCAGCCCAAAUGCUUUAAAUUGUUCAAGCUGUAUAGUUUACAGACCCAUCCCAACGGGAAAGGGUAAGUGUUUCAAGGCAACCUGUUCUGCGCUUUGCUAAGGAAGCAGUGGGCCUUCCAUGAAGGACAAAACCUGCAGAACUGGGAUGUGGGAAAGCAAAGAUACUGUCAAUCUUCAAAGAACAUCUCCACAACCCACAGCCUUCUUCCCAAUAGUGUUAACUGCAUUUUUACAGCCUAGCAUGUCUGUAGUUUUUUGGCUAUUACUGGUAUAUUAAUUGGGGGUGGGAGGGUUGGGACAGGGAGGAAGGGAGAUGGGUAGAAUCAUUUUGGUUAAAAUUUGGGGCCUGAUUGGGGAAAUGGUAAAACAGUAGAACAGCUAACUAAUAAAUUGGUUCAAUGUCCAGAAUAUUUUGCCUUUUCAAAAAAAAGUCAUUGGCACCAUAAAUAAGGACUAUGAGAGACUGUUUCUUUAAAAUAAAUAAGUAAGUAAGUAAAUAAAUAAAUAAAAUCUUGUUACUCCUAAAACCUACAGCCAAGGUGCUCCCAACCUGAGCUCAAAGUGGCCCACAAAGGACAAAGCCAGUUCUGAGUUACCAAAGCUGCCAUUCGAUGAUGGAAACUGACUGGAGAGGGAAAGUUUAUUGGAGAGUAUAUAGAGGCAGACCACUCUGCCUUAGAGGUGCUAAUUCUUGAAAUUGGAGAAAAGAAACCUUUUUCCAAUUACAAAGUUAUAAAUAUCAGUUUGUCCAUCUAAGCCAUUGGCUCAAGUAUUGCAGGAGGGCCUAUGGGAGAUGGAAGAGGAGGGCCUCUGCUCUUAGGGUGGAAACUCUUGGAGCCCCUCUCUUUUUUUUUUUCUUUGUUUUUUGUUUUGUUUUUUGUUUUUCAGCUUUGAACCCUGAAACUGCUUGUGGCAGGUUCAGUUACUGACAGCACAAAUUCCAUUGAGUCAAUUCAAGGAUUGAAUGACUUCACAAGCCCUAGUCUCAGGAGAUUAAUUUUCAUAUUGGGGUAGUGGUUCACUUGAGAAUAUAAAAUCUUCAGAUUAACUGAUGUCCAAAAUACUGUCUUGAAUCACGAGAUCCAUCAAUUUUUAGUAUUGUCUAGACCUGCAAAUAGAACUACAUUGUAAAAUCUUCUCAGCAUGUGUUAAGAUGUAUGUGAAAACUUCUGUUUAAGUGUAAACUUCAUACUACACUGUCAGUUUUUGUCUUAAUAAAAUUAUAGAUUUCUAA